CAGGUAGGGGAUGAGCUGGGAGGUACCUGUCCACCGGCCAGGGCCAACCAUCCCACCCAGCCGCACCCAGUGAGGGGAAACUGAUGAGAGUCCAUAGAAAAGCGGUUCGUCCUGGGACACCAGCUGAUGAAGAAAGAGGCAGAGCCUCUGAAGUCUCUGAGCUGAAGGGGGCCAGAAAGGGUCCGUCAUGGGUCCAGAGCUGCCUGCACCUUGGCUGCUGAUCUUCUCCUGGCUCCCAGCAGGGUGCCUGUCCUUGCUGGUGACAGUCCAAGACACAGAGCGCUAUGUCACGUUGUUUGCCUCUGUCAUCCUCAAGUGUGACUAUACCACCUCUGCCCAGCUCCAGGAUGUAGUGGUGACAUGGCGUUUCAAGUCUUUCUGCAAGGACCCCAUCUUUGACUACUACUCUGCAUCAUACCAGGCAGCUCUAUCCCUGGGCCAGGACCCAUCCAAUGAUUGCAAUGACAGCCAACGGGAGGUUCGAAUUGUGGCUCAGCGACGAGGGCAGAAUGAGCCUGUGCUAGGUGUGGAUUACCGGCAGCGCAAGAUUACCAUCCAGAACCGAGCAGAUCUUGUGAUUAAUGAAGUGAUGUGGUGGGACCACGGAGUGUAUUACUGUACCAUUGAGGCUCCAGGAGACACAUCAGGAGACCCAGACAAGGAGGUGAAGCUCAUCGUGCUGCACUGGCUGACUGUGAUCUUCAUCAUUCUGGGAGCUCUCCUCCUCCUGCUGCUGAUUGGUGUGUGCUGGUGUCAGUGCUGUCCUCAGUAUUGCUGCUGCUAUGUUCGCUGCCCUUGUUGUCCCACUCGCUGCUGCUGCCCUGAAGAAGCCCUGGCCCGCCACCGCUACAUGAAGCAGGCUCAGACCCUAGGCCCUCAGAUGAUGGAAAAACCCCUGUACUGGGGGAUGGACAGGAGUUCCCAGUUUUCAUCUUAUCCAAUGAACCCACUGCUACAGCAAGAUUUGUCCCUGCGAUCCAGUCUUCCACAGAUGCCAAUGACCCAGACCACCGCACCCCCUCCCAUUUCCAAUGGUGUUUUAGAGUAUUUGGAGAAAGAGUUGCGGAGCCUCAAUCCAACUCAGCCUCUGCCUCCUGACAUCCCAGCUAGAUCCGGCCCUCCCUGCAGCAUGCUGUCCUCACUGGGCUCUGAAGUGGUAGAACGAAGAAUCAUCCGCCUGCCCCCGCUACUCAGAGACCUGCCCUCCUCACAAAGGACCAGCAGCUCCUCCCACCAACAGUGGCUCACGGCAGCUCUCCCUGGACCCUGGGAUCCCAGGGAGGAGAGAAGGCAGCAGUACUAUGCUGAUUUCCACCAGGAGUUUCAGGUCCCUGAACCUAAGCGCCGGGCACUGGAGCAAAGGGAGUUGGACCAGCUGCACCGUGGAAGGCACCAGAGCUCCAGGCUGCGUGGGUUACACACCCGUUGGUCAGACAGGGACAGCCUCAGUGAUGGCCUCUCAUUUGGUGAGGCCUCAUGGCAAAUCGGCCACUCUCCCAUUAGGAGCCGGAGCCAGUUCCCAGAGAGACCCCGCAGGCACAGCCCCAGGGAGAGCACCCAGAGGUACCAACGGAGGCGCAGGUACCGCAGCUACUCCCCUCCCCAAGCCCCAGGUCUCAGUUCUUGGAGCUCAGAGGAAGAGAAUGAGAGGUACCCCAGGAAAUGGGGGGCCCAUCCUCCUCGUCGUCGUUCACACUCCCCCAAUUGGCCAGAAGAGAAGCCACCUAGCUACCGCUCCCUAGAUGUCAUCACAGGCAAGAAUGGCAGGAAAAAAGGAAGUGUGGAGAGGCACUCGGUGAGCCUGGGGCACCCAGGGGAGGACCGGGUGUGGGGAGAAAGGACCCCUCAGUCAGGCAUAGCCACAGCUGACACUAGCCACCGCUGAGGGCACCGCUUCCUUUAUUUUGCACAGUAUGCCCUGUGGGUUUGUUGAGAUUCCUCUCAUAGAACUAGAAGAGACCUAGUCAUUGCUGGGUGCUAGGAAGGACCUAGUGAUUUGGGAGGUGAGGAGGAUGGCUCUAUGUUUGAUGUUUACAAAGGGCCUUGGGGAGUGGGGGUGGGGGGGUACCCAGUUAAGAGCAUAUAGGAUUAAGUGCAAAGAACUGCUCAAGGACCCAAGUUCCAAUACCUGCAUCGAGGACGCUUCACAAGCAGUGAAGCAGAUCUGCCAAGUGUCUAUCUUUCUCUUCACCUCCCUACCUUACCUCUCUAUCUUAUCAAAUAAAAAAAUAGGAAUUUUAAAAAAAAAAGGGAAAAAAUGGCCACCAGGAGCAGUAGAUUCAUAGUGCUAACACUGAGCCCCAAUGACUGGAGAAAAUAAAAAAAAAAUGGCCUUCUCAUUUUCCUGCCUAGCCCUCAUCAUGGCCCGGUGAGGGAGUCCAGGCAAGGGCCCCCUAUUUCACAAAUGAGGAAAUGAGGCUAAUUAAGCACCUUGUGAGUAGUAGAGCUAGGACUUGAACAGAGUCUUCCUGACUAAGGCUUUACUUCCUGUUAUAGCUAUUUUGCUUUACUACUUUACUUAGCAACAGCAUUUCCAUACCCCAAAUUAGAACAAGCAUCCUGACAGAGGCCGUUUGUGGUCCCAUUCUAAGUGCUGCAAGUCAGUAUACAAGGCCUUGUUGUACUCAAGGAUGAGGCCCUCUAAGACCACACCCACACACACCCAUUGGUGUUAAUCAUUAACCAGUUUUAAAACACACACACACACACACACACACACAAACACACACAAACACACAUCUUCCAGAUAUUGGUCAAAACUUUGGGCUACUGUGAGCAGGUAAGAUGCCAAUAGGUGCCUUCAUAGUCUCAUAGCAUAAAAGAAGCACAAAGAGGAUAUAGGCUUUGGGGUCCUUUGAAUAGAGACUUUUUUUUAAGAUGUCAAUUUCAAUACUACUUUGAGCCCAAAGAGGUGGCUCAUCCAAUGGAGUGUAUUCUUGUAUGUCUUAGUACCACAUUUGUCUCUAUUCACCCCUCUCUUAAAUAAAUAGAUCUAAAAAUAGUUAUUUUGUAACUAACAUACCCAAAUCAUGGUACUUCCCUAAUAUUGUCACUUGCAAAGAUAUAUUGCUAGUCCUCAAAAAUAUACAUGAGAGUCCUUCAGUCAACUUAAAAAUGAAACACACAUA